CCCUGACUUUGCCUCGAUGGAGAAGGCGCUGCGGAAGCUGAAGCCCCGGCAGAAACCGCAGCCGGCCACCUGGUAUUCCCUUGCCUUAUGUGGGGAGAGCCCGUGUGCUCGUGUGGGCCAAACCUCUCUCUAUCUGCCUCCUUUGGAGCCGGGAAGCAGAAAUGGGAAAGUGGUUAUCAUCGCCGGAGCAAAUCCAAGUGGAAGUUUCGCUGACUCCUAUUUUAUUGAUCUUGAUGCUAAUUGCUGGACCACGCCAGGCUGGGUAAACCUGUUGCCACGGUACGAACAUGCUGCGUUUGUCCCCACGAGCCGGCCCACCACGGUCUGGGUAUAUGGAGGGGCUAGUAAAACUGGGAACAGAAACUGCGUACAGGUUUUGGAUCUCGAAACCGGGUCAUGGGAGAAAGCCAAGGUGAUCGGCAAUCCACCGAGCCCACGCACAUUCCACACCUCCACGGCAGUCAUUGGGGAUCGGUUCUAUGUAUUUGGAGGAGGGGAUAAAGGGGCAGAUCCUGUCCAAGACCAGCAACUUCACAUACUCGACUCAACCACAUUGAUGUGGUCGCAGCCAGAGGUGCGUGGCCAGCCUCCUGCUCCCCGGCAUGGUCACCUGGUGGUAGCAGUCGAGAAUCGGCUGUUUGUUCAUGGCGGCUUGGCGGGUGACACAUUUUACGAUGACCUGUUCUCCCUUGACAUAAGGGACCUCAAAUGGGAGAAGUUGUCUGCCUCGGGAUCCAUCCCUGGAGGCCGAGCGGCCCACUCGGGUGUUGCUUUCCAACGUCACAUUUACAUCUUUGGAGGAAUGGACCCAACAGGCGAACUCAGCACGAUGUACAGAUAUCACAUAGGAAAAAGUCAUUGGACGCAGUUGGAAUUCACCCCUCCGUUACCUUCCGGCCGGCUGGACCACUCCAUGUGUGUCAUUCCUUGGGAAACCUCUGGCGAAGACCCCCGCCAUCACAAAGGGACACAAGAGGCUGCGCAAGGGGAAGGUGGGCCAGGGGAAGGGCAGACUCAUCUCUGCUUGGUAUUUGGGGGCAUGAAUAUGAAAGGGGAGAUCUACAAUGACUGUAUCGUAAGCCUGCUAGAAGAAUAAAGUUAGGCUGCGCAA